CAGCAGAAGUCUGCAAAAACUUGCCCGCACCGAUCCACUGAUAAGAUGGCGGCCGGUUGUGUCAUCACCGAGGAGUGCGGCUUGGCGGUGCCUGCCGACCGGAUGUGGAAGGUGGCCUGCGCCGGAGACAACAAGGAGGCACUGCUCAAGGCCUGUGCGGGCUUCAUCGAGGCCGUGGACGUGGAGGGCGACGGCGGGCCUGGAAGCGUCACCACCCUGACGCUCAGCCCAGCGGCAGCGGCAAAGGCGGGCGCCUGCGUGAUGAGGACCCGCCUGGUGGCGCGCGACGGCGCGGCGCGAGUACUCCGGACGGAGGUGCUGGAGAGCGGCAAGGUGAGCACCCAGCUCAAGUCGCAUGUGGUCGAGGCGAGGUUGGAGGCGGACGGGGAGGGUGCCUGCGUGGCCAAGCUCAGGGUGGAGUACGAGAGGCUCCGCGGCGGGACGCUGUCGCCGGUGGACCAGGCGGCGAUCCUCACCACGGGGUACCUUGGCCUACUCAAGAAGGUCGAGGCAUACCUCGUCGCGAAUCCUGAAGAGUAGGCCUAAAAUUCAGCCAAGAAGAGAGAUCACGGCGAUUCCACGCGGUAUUUGCUCGGUGAAUAUGGAGGCCUAAUUAGACAUGUUCCGAACUCCACCGACCAUAC